AUGUGGCUGCACUGCUGGUUCUGGCAACGCCGCUCUGAGAGCUCCCGGGUAACGCUGACUCAGCUACCUUCACGCAGGCUCCCGGUCACAUCUGCCCACCGUCCUUCAAGCCCCGUGCCCUCCUUCAGAGCUUCUCUCACUCUGGUCACUGGGAUACUUGGGGAGUCGAAGAGCCGCUGUUGGGAUUAUGAAUUCUCCAGUGGCUCUCACUUUGGCAAUGCGACGCUUAACAACGCUCCAGGCUGCAGGGGGAAAGAAGAAAGAAAACCAGCUAAGCAGAAGAAAAUUCUGCAGUUGAAUUUGGUAGUCCACCCCAAGCCAUCCUGCCUUCACUUAGCUGGAGAGGUGCUGGCUGUGGCCCGGGGACUGAAGCCAGCUGUGCUCUAUGAUUGCAACUGUGCGGGGGCAUCAGAGCUCCAGAGCUAUCUGGAGGAGCUACAGGGGCUUGGUUUCCUGACCUCUGGACUUCACAUCCUUGAGAUUGGAGAAAACAGCCUGAUUGUCAGUCCUGAGCAUGUAUGCCAGCACUUGGAGCAGGUGCUGCUUGGUACCAUAGCCUUUGUGGAUGUUUCCGGCUGCCAGCCUCACCCUUGUGUCUGCUCUCUGGACCAGCUUCAGGACUUGAAGGCCCUCGUGGCUGAGAUCAUCACACAUUUGCAGGGGCCGCAGAGGGACUUAUCUCUAGCAGUUUCCCACAGCAGGCUCCAUUCCUCAGACUGGAAUCUCUGUACUGUAUUUGGGAUCCUCCUGGGCUAUCCUGUCCCCUAUACGUUUCACCCGAACCAGGGAGAUGACAACUGCUUAGCUCUGACUCCACUACGAGUAUUCACUGCCCGGAUCUCAUGGUUGCUAGGUCAACCCCCAAUCCUGCUCUAUUCCUUUAGUGUCCCAGAGAGCUUGUUCCCAGGCCUGAGGGAUAUUAUAAACACCUGGGAGAAGGAUCUCAGAACCCGAUUUAGGACUCAGAAUGACUUUGCUGAUCUCAGCAUCUCCUCUGAGAUAGUCACACUGCCGGCUGUGGCCCUCUGACUUUAACUCUCCUCUCAUACAGAAGGUACUCAGUAAAAGAUCAUCUCUAGGUUGGGGAUGGCAAAUAAUCAUCUCAAGUGCCAAUUCCAGGUGUCUUGAGUACACUAAGGCACAAUGCAGUAAUAAUUGGCUGCAAAUGCAAAGGGCAUGGAAAUAGGUAAUGCUGGUGCUGGUAGCAAAUUGGUAAAUAGUACAUACUUGCCAUUUCUAUACCAGGAAGUCCUCUUAGUGGAGAUGUU